ACCACUGAUGCGAGCGGACGAACGGACUAAUUUAGCAGGCAUUGGUGGACGAGAACAUUCAUCUACUGGAUACUGCUCGGCUCCUGGACCGGGUCCCGUCAUCUACUGUGUGUGACACACAUUAUACUUUCUCUACUUCCUACAGGUGGCGUAGUGUGUUCUGCUCCUGGUUCCAGCAGAAAUGUCCCAGCGGAGUGGGCAGGAGGACCCGGAGCGGUACCUCUUUGUGGACCGCGCCAUGGUCUACAACCCGGCAGCACAGGCCGACUGGACGGCCAAGAGGCUGGUGUGGAUCCCAUCAGAGCGCAAUGGCUUUGAGGCUGCCAGUAUUCGCGAGGAGCGCGGAGACGAGGUGGUGUUGGAGCUGGCUGAGAACGGGAAGAAGGCGGUGGUCAACAAGGAUGACAUCCAGAAGAUGAACCCGCCAAAGUUCAGCAAAGUAGAGGACAUGGCCGAACUCACCUGCCUGAACGAAGCCUCUGUGCUUCACAACCUCAAAGACCGCUAUUACUCUGGCCUCAUCUAUACAUACUCUGGUCUCUUCUGCGUGGUCAUAAAUCCCUACAAAAACCUGCCCAUCUACUCAGAGAACAUCAUUGAGAUGUACAGGGGCAGAAAGAGGCACGAAAUGCCCCCUCACAUCUACGCCAUCUCAGAGUCUGCGUACAGGUGCAUGCUGCAAGAUCGAGAGGACCAAUCCAUUCUUUGCACAGGCGAGUCAGGAGCUGGCAAGACGGAAAACACAAAAAAGGUCAUUCAGUACCUGGCACAUGUUGCCUCCUCCCACAAAGGAAGAAAAGACCACAACAUUACUCCAGAAUCACCCAAACCAGUGAAACAACAGGCUGAAAAUGCAGUUAGUGGAUCCCUGUUUUAUGGUGAAUUGGAACGUCAACUUUUACAAGCCAACCCCAUCCUGGAGUCUUUUGGGAAUGCGAAGACAGUGAAAAAUGACAACUCGUCACGUUUUGGGAAAUUCAUCCGGAUCAACUUUGAUGUCACCGGAUAUAUUGUUGGAGCCAAUAUUGAAACCUACUUACUGGAGAAAUCCAGAGCUAUUCGUCAAGCCAAAGAUGAGCGCACGUUCCACAUUUUCUACCAGCUGCUGGCUGGAGCUGGAGAGCACCUCAAAUCGGACCUCCUUUUGGAAGGAUUCGACCACUACUGUUUCCUGUCCAACGGUAACAUCCCAAUCCCGGGUCAGCAGGACAAAGACAACUUCCAGGAGACCAUGGAGGCCAUGAACAUCAUGAGCUUCGGCCAUGAGGAGAUUCUGGCCAUGUUGAAGGUGGUGUCCUCGGUGCUUCAAUUUGGUAACAUUAACUUUAAGAAAGAGAGGAACUCUGACCAAGCUUCUAUGCCUGAUAAUACUGCCGCUCAGAAGCUGUGUCAUCUGCUGGGUUUGAAUGUUAUGGAGUUUACCAGAGCCAUCCUGUCCCCAAGGAUCAAAGUGGGAAGAGACUACGUCCAGAAAGCGCAGACUAAAGAGCAGGCUGACUUUGCUGUCGAGGCCUUGGCUAAAGCAAUGUACGAGCGUCUGUUCCGCUGGCUGGUGCAUCGCAUCAAUAAAGCCCUGGACAGAACCAAACGACAGGGCGCCUCCUUCAUUGGCAUCCUGGACAUUGCGGGUUUUGAGAUCUUCCAGUUGAACUCAUUUGAACAGCUGUGCAUCAACUACACCAAUGAGAAGCUGCAGCAGCUCUUCAACCACACCAUGUUCAUCCUGGAGCAGGAGGAGUACCAGAGGGAGGGCAUCGAGUGGAGCUUCAUCGACUUCGGCCUCGACCUGCAGCCCUGCAUCGACCUCAUUGAGAGACCGGCAAACCCCCCAGGAGUGUUGGCUCUGCUGGAUGAAGAGUGCUGGUUCCCCAAGGCCACGGACAAGACCUUUGUAGACAAGCUGAUCCAGGAGCAGGGCACACACUCCAAGUUCCAGAAGCCCCGCCAACUCAAAGACAAGGCCGACUUCUGCAUUAUCCACUACGCUGGAAAAGUGGACUAUAAAGCCGAUGAGUGGCUAAUGAAGAACAUGGACCCCCUGAAUGACAAUGUGGCCACUCUUCUGCAUCAGUCGACCGACAAAUUUAUAACCGAACUCUGGAAAGAUGAGAUUCAGACCAUUCAAAGGGCUUCAUUCUAUGACACUAGUCUGGAUGACCCGGCAGUCGACCGUAUCGUGGGCCUGGACCAGGUGGCGGGGAUGAACGAGACGGCCUUUGGCGCCACCUACAAAACGAAAAAGGGCAUGUUUCGUACGGUGGGACAGCUCUACAAGGAGUCGCUGACCAAGCUCAUGGCCACACUGAGGAACACCAACCCCAACUUUGUUCGCUGCAUCAUCCCCAACCACGAAAAAAGAGCUGGUAAACUGGAGCCUCACCUGGUUCUGGAUCAGCUGAAGUGUAAUGGUGUCCUAGAGGGGAUCCGCAUCUGCAGACAGGGCUUCCCCAACCGUAUCAUCUUCCAGGAGUUCAGACAGAGAUAUGAGAUCCUGACGCCUAACGCUAUCCCCAAGGGAUUCAUGGAUGGAAAACAAGCCUGUGAGAGAAUGAUCCGAGCCCUGGAGCUGGACCCCAACCUGUUCCGUAUCGGUCAGAGUAAGAUCUUCUUCAGGACUGGUGUUCUGGCUCACCUGGAGGAGGAGAGAGAUCUGAAGAUCACUGACAUCAUCAUCUACUUCCAGUCCGUUUGCCGUGGAUACUUGGCACGCAAGGCCUUCGCUAAGAAGCAGCAGCAGCUGAGUGCCCUGAAGGUCCUCCAGAGGAACUGCGCAGCUUAUUUGAAGCUGCGACACUGGCAGUGGUGGAGGCUUUUCACCAAGGUGAAGCCUCUCCUGCAGGUCACCCGGCAGGAGGAGGAGCUGCAGGCCAAAGAUGAGGAGCUGGUAAAGGUGAAGGAGAGACAGCUCACGGUGGAGAAUGAGCUUGUGGAGACGGAGAGGAAACACCAACAGCUCAUAGAGGAGAAGAAUAUUCUAGGAGAACAGCUCCACGCGGAGACGGAGCUCUUUGCCGAGGCCGAAGAGAUGAGAGUUCGUCUGCUUUCUAGGAAGCAAGAGCUGGAGGAGAUUCUUCAUGACCUGGAGUCAAGGGUGGAGGAAGAGGAGGAGAGGAACCAGAGUCUGCAGAAUGAGAAGAAGAAGAUGCAGUCACACAUUCAGGACUUGGAGGAGCAGCUUGAUGAGGAGGAAGCUGCGAGACAGAAGCUGCAGCUGGACAAAGUGACAGCCGAGGCAAAGAUCAAGAAAAUGGAGGAGGACAUUCUUCAGCUGGAGGACCAAAACUCCAAGUUUCUCAAGGAGAAAAAGCUGCUGGAGGACCGGGUUGGCGAGAUGACCUCUCAACUGACGGAGGAGGAGGAGAAAGCAAAGAACCUCGGCAAGAUCAAGAACAAGCAGGAGAUGAUGAUGGUGGACCUGGAGGAGCGUUUGAAGAAGGAGGAGAAAACUCGGCAAGAGCUGGAGAAGGCCAAACGCAAACUGGAUGGUGAGACCACUGACCUGCUGGACCAGAUUGCUGAGCUUCAGGCCCAGAUAGAGGAGCUGAAGCUCCAACUGAGCAAGAAGGAGGAGGAGCUGCAGGCUGCUCUGGUCAGGAGUGAUGAGGAGACAGUCCAGAAGAACAACGCCUUGAAGCAGGUUCGGGAGCUGCAGGCCUACCUUGCCGAGCUUCAGGAGGACCUGGAGUCAGAGAAGAUGUGUCGAAGUAAAGCUGAAAAACUUAAGAGGGACCUGAGUGAGGAGCUUGAGGCCCUAAAGACGGAGCUGGAAGACACGCUGGAUACCACCGCUGCCCAGCAAGAGCUACGGUCCAAGCGAGAGCAAGACGUGGCAGAGCUGAAGAAGGCCAUCGAUGAGGAGACCAAAAACCACGAAGCUCAGAUCCAGGAAGUGAGACAGAGGCACGCCACAGCGCUGGAAGAAGUGUCUGAACAGCUGGAGCAGGCCAAGCGAUUCAAGGCCAACCUGGAGAAGAACAAGCAGAGUCUGGAGAGUGACAACAAAGAGUUGGCCUGUGAUGUGAAGAGUCUGCAACAGGCAAAGACGGAGUCCGAACAUAAGAGGAAGAAAAUUGAGGCCCAGCUGCAGGAGUUUAUGUCCAGGGCCACCGAGGGAGAGAGGGCUAAGGGAGAGCUGGCCGAACGCUCACACAAACUCCAGACGGAGCUGGACAAUGCGUUCACUGUACUGGAGGAAUCCGAGAAGAAGGGCGUCAAAAUGGCCAAAGAGGUCGACAAACUGAACAGCAAACUGCAAGACUCAGAGGAGUUGCGGCAGGAGGAAACGCGUCAGAAGCUGAACCUGAGCGGCCUUAUCCGCCAGCUGGAGAUGGAAAAGAACACCUUGCUGGAGCAGCAAGAGGAUGAGGAGGAGACACGACGCAACCUGGAGAAACAGCUGCAGAUGGUGCACUCCCAGCUGUUUGAGACGAAGAAGAAGCUAGAGGAGGACGUGGGGUCGAUGGAGGGCCUGGAGGAGGUGAAGAGAAAGCUCCAGAAGGACGUGGAGCUGACCAGCCAGCGUCUGGAGGAGAAGACCAUGUCCAUGGACAAGAUGGAGAAGACCAAGAACCGACUGCAGCAGGAGCUGGACGACCUGAUGGUGGACUUGGACAACCAGAGACAGAUCGUCUCAAACCUUGAAAAAAAACAAAAGAAGUUCGACCAGCUGCUCGCUGAAGAGAAGACCAUCUCUGCUCGUUACGCUGAGGAGCGUGACCGUGCGGAGGCCGAGGCCAGAGAGAAGGAUACCAAGGCCCUGGCUAUGGCCAGAGCUCUGGAGGAGGCCUUGGAGGCCAAAGAGGAACUGGAGCGGUUUAACAAGCAGCUCCGUGCUGAAAUGGAGGACUUGAUGAGCUCCAAGGAUGACGUGGGGAAGAACGUCCAUGAACUGGAAAAGUCCAAGCGAACUCUGGAGCAACAGGUAGAGGAGAUGAGAACUCAGCUGGAGGAGCUGGAGGACGAGCUGCAGGCCACAGAGGACGCCAAACUGCGUCUGGAGGUCAACAUGCAGGCCAUGAAGGCCCAGUUUGACCGAGACCUGAUGGCCAGAGAUGAGCAGGGAGAGGAGAAGAAGAGGUCUCUUGUCAAACAGGUGCGUGAGAUGGAGGCAGAGUUGGAGGACGAGAGGAAGCAGAGAACUCUGGCUGUUGCCUCCAAGAAGAAGCUGGAGAUGGACCUGAAUGAGCUGGAAGGACAGAUUGAAGCCGCUAACAAGGGCAGGGAGGAGGCUGUUAAACAACACAAAAAACUACAGGCUCAGGUGAAGGACUAUCAGAGGGAGCUGGAGGAGGCCAGAUCCUCCCGGGAUGAGAUCUUCACCCAGUCCAAGGAGAACGAGAAGAAACUCAAGAGCCUAGAAGCUGAAAUCCUACAGCUGCAGGAGGACCACGCAGCGUCCGAGAGGGCCCGCCGACACGCUGAACAGGAGCGGGAUGAGCUGGCUGACGAGAUCUCCAACAGUGCUUCUGGAAAGUCGUCAAUGCUGGAAGAGAAGAGAAGGCUGGAUGCUCGCAUCGCCCAGCUGGAGGAGGAGCUGGAGGAGGAGCAGGGCAACAUGGAGCUGCUCAACGACCGUUUCAGAAAGACCAACGUCCAGGUCGACACCCUGAACACAGAGUUGGCCGGAGAACGCAGCACAGCACAGAAGAGUGAGAACGCUCGGCAACAGAUGGAGCGGCAGAACAAGGAUUUGAAAACCAAGCUGGCAGAGCUGGAGGGGACUGUCAAGUCAAAGUUCAAGGCCUCCAUCAGUGCCCUGGAGGCCAAGAUCCUACAGCUGGAGGAGCAGAUGGAGCAGGAAGCAAAGGAAAGAGCGGCAGCCAACAAGAUCGUCCGUCGCACGGAGAAGAAGCUGAAGGAGGUGAUGAUGCAGGUGGAGGAUGAGCGUCGUCAUGCUGAACAGUACAAGGAGCAGAUGGAGAAAGCCAACUCUCGUAUGAAGCAGCUGAAGCGUCAGCUGGAGGAGGCGGAGGAGGAGGCCACCAGGGCCAACGCGACCCGCAGGAAGCUGCAGAGGGAGCUGGACGAUGCCACCGAGGCCAGCGAGGGUCUCACCCGAGAGCUCAACUCGCUCAAGAACCGCCUCAGGCGCGGCGGUCCGGUCAGCAGCUUCUCCUCCAGCCGCUCGGGUCGCCGCAACCUCAAUCUGGACGGCGCCUCCGUCGACAUGUCAGACGAUGACGCCGACAGCCGCGCCGGCGACUUCAACGAGACGCAAACCACCGACGCCGAGUAAACGCGGCGAUCCCUUUCAUUCCUCGCAUUUGACCUCCCUUAUCACGACCCACCUCACCCACCUGUGACCUCACCUCACCCCCCCAACACCCCUCAAAGAAAGAUCCUUGGGGUCUCCGUCGUCUUUAUUCAUUUCAAACCACUGACAGAUGAUUGGAGCGAUGUUUUACGGUAACGCUGGGCGGAGUGUGCCUGGAAGCCCUUUUUGUAUCGGUUCACACUGCAGGGAAACUCCAUCAUCGCCCUCCCCUGAAGCUCAGCCUCGGGCCCUCGGGAGUCACAGGGGGCAAACGGACAAUUCUGCCUUACUCUGCUCUCCUCGAACAAGCUGCUCGUCCCGGCUUGUCUCUCGGCUUGGUAUCGCCUCAGCGUCGCGAGGUAAUACGCUCCCUCCCAUCAGGCGUCAAGUCGUCUGCUCAGCUUAUUGAGAACACAUAGGUGCAAAGUGCUUCUUAUACAUAUGUAGGUGGAAGCUGUGAAGUGUAAACACACACACACACAUAUGUAACGUAUGUGAACGCACCCCAUACUGGAAUUGCAGGUCUGCAAGGAAACGUAUGACACGUUGGUGUUAUUGGUGUUCUGCUCACUAGUUGUGUAAAGGCCAUCUCGUACCCGACCCGCACUCCCUCCUCCCAAAAACAGAAAAGGUCUCUGUGGCCUUCGGACCGGCUGCUUUUGUUGCAUACGUGCGGACUGUUUGCUUCUCCACGACAGGAAUGACCAACAUCUCGGGACAUGCAAUUGGAAAAAAAGGACUCUGGAUUUUAAGUGUAUUACUGUGAGAGAGAAAAAGAAGGUAUUUUAUCGUCUGUGUUGCUUCAUCUCCAUGACAGAUGGUCUCGCUGGGUUUUAACUAGAAAGCUCAGCUCUGUUGUUGACCGUGUCCUCUCCUGUGGGUCUGCGCUGCGCACCGAGGCUGAGAAAAUGCACAACAAUGCACAGGAAGACGUUUGCAUUUGAAACUGGAAACCAACAGGGAAACAAACUCUUUCUGACUGGAAGCACUAAACUUUCACUCGGUCGACAUUUUUCACAGUUUUGACACUAAAUGGUUAUGAAGUUGAUCAGAAACGCAGAUGGAUAGAACAGAGUCAUCUUAUUGCUGCAUGUCAUUGCCUUGCCCCAGUUUGUUUGAUCACUACUUUUGUGUCAGAGUUUAAAAAUAUUACCUGCCGAACUUUGGAAAGCCCUCGUCCUGCUGUUCUGAAGGCAUUUUUAGAAUCCUCAGACUCUUUGUUGCACAAUGAAAUAUGUUUUACUUUCAAUGAGAUGUCCCCAAAGGCCUCAGAAAAAUAAAACAUUUUACAACCACAAUGUAUGAACAACUGGUUUCUAACCCGUUUCCACAGUUACAUUAUUUCCUAAUUCCAAAUGUUAGGUCACAUACAAGACAAGCCGCAUUGCUUUGGAUCUUGUCCAUCGUCAAUGUUACAGGAGUACUCCAGCGUUUUUCUUUUUUCCCCCACGUUGGCCAAUAAUUGAAAAGAGAGAAAAAGGGAUGCAACUGUAUUUUUCAACACCUUCAGUAAGUGUUAAACCUUUUUCAGAGCACUUUAUUCAUUUUUCAGAAGAAAAAAAAAAGAAAUAAGCUUCUCAGCUCAAACGUUACGGUGACAUGACGGCGAACCAACGGGGGCGCUUUGUGAUUUGAAGCCCGAGAUUACCGACAGACUUGAUGAAGCACUUAAUAUACACCUUUGCAUUUUAGCCCAGGUUCCUUUUCAAUAAAGUUUUUUGUGAAGUGAGGCUCAGCUUGAAAUACAGCCGCCACCUCAACGGUUUGACCAAUAGAGUGAGAAACUAACUAGAUGCCAGGUUAUUCUAGUCUUAUCAUGGAUCUGCAGAUUACGACUUGUUGCCCUUCUCCUAAUUGUUAACAGUAGGUUUCUUUAAAAGUGCCUUAGACACUAAAUAAGAACAUGAGCGGGCAACCGUUUCUCUACAGGUGUGAAGGAGGAACCGGUCCACCCAGCAGAGCGUCCACUCUUCAGUAUUCGUUCCUGUGCUACAUAUAUCGGCUCUGUGACUCCGUGUUCUUAAUAACCGCCUAGCUGAGUGUUUGGGUCACAGGCCGUGCUCUAGUAUCAUUAACGAGAAGUGGAGCCCUCGGCAGACGAGCUUCCCAAAACUGCGUUUCGUACUAAGGUUGUCCCGUGGAACCAAGACUUAGUGCCGACGGCAUUUUGGGAACGAUGGUCUGCACAGGAUUCCAUUUGGUUGAGAGCUUUAACAUCCAGUAGUUAACAUUUCUAUGUUAUUAUUAUUAUUAUUACUCAGCUGGCUGUUGACAAGCAGGCAUUCAACUGCAAAUACUCCCAUCAUAUUAUUUCUUUUAUUCCUGUAUUUCUAGACAUGUUUUUUUGUUUUGUUUGUUUUUGUAAGAAAAAUAAAGCAUUUUCAUUGUA